AUGCAACGCGCUCUCUCCUCCGCCGUGCGGUCCUCUUUGUCCUCCUCUUCUCCAUACUCCAGAUCGACGGGCAAGAGUUUACAACAGCUCCGAUUCGCCCACAAGGAGCUGCGCUUCGGUGUUGAGGGACGUGCUCAGCUAUUGAAGGGUGUUGAGACGCUCUCGAGAGCCGUCGCUACUACACUCGGUCCCAAAGGUCGCAAUGUGUUGAUUGAAUCGAGCUACGGCUCACCCAAGAUAACGAAAGAUGGUGUUACUGUGGCCAGAGCAGUCACGCUGCAAGACAAGUUUGAGAACCUCGGUGCUCGCUUGAUCCAGGACGUCGCCUCCAAGACCAACGAGGUGGCCGGUGACGGUACCACCACCGCAACCGUCCUCGCCAGCGCCAUCUUCUCUGAGACUGUCAAGAAUGUGGCCGCCGGUUGCAACCCUAUGGAUUUGAGAAGAGGUACACAAGCAGCUGUCGAUGCCGUCGUCAACUACCUGCAAGCCAACAAGAAGGACAUUACCACCAGCGCUGAGAUCGCUCAAGUUGCUACCAUCUCUGCCAAUGGCGAUACUCUUGUCGGCACCCUUAUCUCCAAUGCCAUGGAAAAGGUUGGCAAAGAGGGUGUUAUCACAGUUAAGGAGGGCAAAACAAUUGACGACGAGCUCGAGGUCACCGAGGGCAUGCGCUUCGACCGUGGUUUCAGUUCUCCUUACUUCAUCACCGACACCAAGUCACAGAAGAUUGAGUUCGAGAAGCCUCUGAUCCUCCUGUCCGAGAAGAAGAUUUCCGCCGUUCAAGACAUCAUCCCUGCUUUGGAAGCCUCUACACAACAGCGCCGACCUCUCCUUAUCAUCGCCGAAGACCUUGAGGGUGAGGCAUUGGCAGUCUGCAUUUUGAACAAGCUCCGUGGUCAACUCCAAGUUGCCGCAGUCAAAGCACCAGGCUUUGGCGACAACCGCAAGAGCAUUUUGGGUGACAUCGGUAUCUUGACCAAUGCCACCGUUUUCACAGAUGAGCUGGACAUCAAGUUGGAGAAGGCUACACCUGACAUGCUUGGGUCUACUGGAAGCGUUACCAUCACCAAGGAAGACACAAUCAUUCUGAAUGGUGAAGGCAGCAAAGAUUCCAUUGCACAACGAUGCGAACAAAUCCGAGGCGUCAUGGCAGACCCAUCCACCUCCGAAUACGAGAAGGAGAAACUACAAGAACGUCUCGCUAAGCUUUCAGGUGGCGUUGCCGUCAUCAAGGUCGGCGGUGCCUCUGAGGUUGAAGUCGGCGAGAAGAAGGACCGUGUCGUCGACGCUUUGAACGCGACCCGUGCCGCUGUUGAGGAGGGUAUCCUGCCCGGUGGUGGCACUGCCUUGGUCAAGGCUGCUGCGAACGCACUGAAAGAUGUCAAGACCAUCAACUUUGACCAGCAACUUGGUGUUAGCAUCAUCAAGAAUGCUAUCACCCGACCAGCCCGCAAGAUUGUCGAGAACGCCGGUCUCGAAGGCAGCGUCGUCGUUGGCAAGGUCAUGGAUGACUUCGGUAGCGACUUCAACAAGGGCUUCAACUCGGCCACUGGUGAAUACGUUGACAUGGUGGCCAAGGGUAUCGUCGACCCAUUGAAGGUUGUCCGUACCGCUCUUGUUGAUGCAUCCGGUGUCGCUUCGCUUCUCGGUACCACGGAAGUUGCUAUUGUCGAGGCACCAGAGGAGAAGGGCCCUGCCGCACCACCUGGAAUGGGUGGUAUGGGCGGCAUGGGCGGCAUGGGAGGUUUCUAA